AUCCGAAUCCGUAUCAUGAUUUUAAUGUUUGUUGAAUUUUGGUAAUAGGGGCAAACUAAAUAACAUUUACAGAGUUCCCUAUUCGAAACGCUGUCGUUCCGUCCGUCCCCUCCACCGCCAUUCAGACCAGUAGGCUGUAGCAAUAAAAUCUCCAAAAAACGCCACUCUCUACAAACAGAGCCAACAGAGAUUAAUUAACACAUGCAAUGGAGAUCAUACUAUUUUAAAUUUCCUGUAUUCCAGUCCCAGAACAUUCAUCUGUACACACGCGCACACCAUCACUCCCACAAAUCAAAACACUGUAAUACUUCACUCUGUGUUUGUGAUUAUUGUGUGUAUACGUACAAAUCCUUGAUCUACACGAUUUAAUCGAAUGUGGAAUCACAUUCGUGAAUCCAGACUGGUCGGAUCGCAUCACUGUUAAUCCGAGAAAUUGGAGAAAAAUAAAAGAAACAAUUCUGAUCUGAAUUUUGGCAUCAAUGUCGUGGGGACUGGGCUGGAAGCGCCCGACGGAUGUCUUCCACCUGACGCUGAGUUACGGUUUGGACAUCGACACCCUUGAGGACGUCUCCCCGACGUCAUCACGCGCGUCAUCCGCCAGCUCCGCCUUCUCGGGCUCAUCCCCCACUUCCAAGGACGGACCGCCGACCACCACCAGCAAUCAGGACCAAUUGGGGUUUAGGAUCGACCUAGAUUGGAACGCCGGCGAUGACGAGGAUCAGGUCGCGUUGAAGCUGCAGUCGCAGGUGAUGAUCGCCCUGCCCACGCCGCAAGACAUCGUGGAAAUUGAAUUGAGGGAGAGGACAGAAAAUGGGGGGGACUGUUUGGGGAUUGCAGAGGACGCUGGAGAAAUUAAUUUGGAGAGUAAUGGAGUGGAGGGGUUGGGGGUGGGGUUGGAGAUGAGGGUUGUCAGGAAGAGGGAGCCGUUGAAGGGGGUUAUAAUGUGGAGAGCCGGUGGUUCGGGGCAACAGAAUGAUGGGGGAAUGGGGGUUUUGGUGAAGCUGAUGAGGUUGAAUUUCGCCAAUGGGGUUUCAGAUGGGGCGGCAGUGGGGUCCGGCUGUGCGGAUCAUUGGCGGAAUGUUGCCGUUGUCAGCCUUUGUGGUCUUGGAUUAACCGCAUUGCCAGUUGAGAUAACGGGUCUUCCCCUUCUUGAGAAACUGUACCUUGAUAAUAACAAGCUGUCAGUAUUACCACCUGAGCUUGGUGAGCUGAAAAACUUACAAGUUCUUGCCGUAGACUAUAACAUGCUCGUUUCUGUGCCUGUUGAAUUAAGACAGUGUGCUGGUCUUGUUGAAUUAUCCCUGGAACACAACAAGCUGGUCCGCCCAAUUCUUGAUUUCAGGGCUAUGGCAGAGUUACGUGUAUUAAGACUUUUUGGCAAUCCCCUUGAAUUUCUUCCGGAUAUUUUGCCGUUACAUGAACUUCGCCAUCUGUCCCUUGCAAAUAUUCGGAUUGUGGCUGAUGACAAUUUAGUUUCCGUCAAUGUACAGAUUGAGACGGAGAAUAGUUCUUACUUUGUUGCAUCUCGGCAUAAACUGAGUGCCUUCUUCUCACUCAUAUUCCGAUUUUCUUCUUGCCAUCACCCAUUGCUUGCAUCUGCCCUUGCAAAGAUAAUGCAAGACGAGGGAAACCGUGUUGUCGUGGGAAAAGAUGAGAAUGCAGUUCGGCAGCUAAUAAGUAUGAUAAGCAGUGAAAACCAGCAUGUGGUUGAACAAGCCUGCUCUGCACUCACAGCUCUUGCUUCAGAUGCUUCUGUGGCAAUGCAACUAAUAAAAUCUGAUGUUAUGCAACCUAUUGAGCGAGUGCUGAAAUCCGCCGAGUCCAAAGAAGUUAUAUCUGUUCUGCAAGUUGUGGUCAAGUUGGCUUUUACAUCUGAUAGUGUAGCUCUAAAGAUGUUGACCAAAGAUACAUUGAAGUCAUUGAAAGUAUUGUGUGCGCACAAGAAUCCAGAGGUGCAAAGAUUAGCUUUAUUUGCUGUUGGAAAUUUUGCAUUCUGUUUGGAAAACCGCCGAGGGCUUGCUGCAUCAGAAAGUCUGCGGGAACUUCUUCUGCGGCUGACAGCUGCAUCUGAUUCCCGUGUGUGCAGAGCUGCAGCCCGUGCUUUGGCUAUCUUAGGGGAGAAUGAGAUCUUGCGACGUGCUAUUAAAGGGAGGCAGGUCCCCAAACGAGGCUUACGCAUACUUACAAUGGAUGGUGGUGGCAUGAAAGGGUUGGCAACUGUGAAGAUUCUGAGAGAGAUUGAGAAGGGUACUGGAAAGCAGAUCCAUGAGCUCUUUGACCUUAUUUGUGGAACAUCUACUGGUGGCAUGCUUGCUGUUGCUCUUGGAGUAAAAUUGAUGUCCUUGGACAAGUGUGAAGAAAUAUACAAGGAACUUGGGAAACUUGUGUUUGCGGAACCUGUUCCAAAGGAAAAUGAAGCAGCAACAUGGAGAGAAAAGUUGGAUCAACUUUACAAGAGCUCAUCGCAAAGUUUUCGUGUUGUCGUUCAUGGAUCUAAACACAGUGCAGAUCAUUUUGAGAGGCUGCUGAAGGAGAUGUGUGCUGAUGAUGAUGGAGAUCUCCUAAUAGAAUCAGCAGUUAAAAAGAUCCCCAAAGUUUUUGUUGUAUCUACUCUUGUCAGCGUUUCACCAGCUCAGCCGUUUAUAUUUCGAAAUUACCAGUACCCUGUUGGAACACCCGAGAUCUCUUCUGCAGUUUCUGAAAACUUGGCAAAUGGUGGACAAGGAGUGGCGACUACUGGAGCUCAGGUUGGAUACAAACGCAAUGCUUUUAUAGGGAGUUGUAAGCAUCCCAUUUGGCAAGCUAUAAGAGCAUCAUCUGCGGCACCAUAUUAUUUGGAUGAUUUCUCUGAUGGUAUAUAUCGCUGGCAAGAUGGGGCUAUUGUAGCAAAUAAUCCCACAAUAUUUGCUGUACGAGAAGCUCAACUGUUGUGGCCUGAUUCUAAAAUUGAUUGCUUAGUUUCAAUCGGCUGUGGAUCUGUUCCAACAAAGGUCCGCAAGGGUGGCUGGCGUUAUUUGGACACUGGGCAGGUGCUAAUUGAAAGUGCAUGCUCUGUUGACCGUGUGGAGGAAACUUUAAGUACAUUGCUUCCUAUGCUUCCAGAUGUACACUAUUUUCGAUUUAAUCCAGUUGAUGAACGUUGUGAUAUGGAGCUUGACGAGACUGAUCCAGCAAUCUGGUUGAAAUUAGAGGGUGCUACAGAUGAGUACAUUCAGAAUAAUUCUCUUUCAUUCAAAAAUCUUGCUGAAAGACUGCUCGAGAGUAUGCACGAUGAGAAAAUUUCAGAUGGUUUGAGGUCUCAGCAGCUUUUCAGGGCAAAAGUUACAAAUGAGAAUAAUGCCUCGUUGGGCUGGAGACGUGGUGUACUUCUAGUCGAGGCUUCCAAUAGUCCAGAUUCUGGAAGAGUUUUUCAUCACGCGCGCGCACUUGAGACAUUUUGUGCUAGUAAUGGAAUAAGAUUAUCACUUGCUAACGGGGUAUCUGUGGCUAGUAAGAAUAUUCCAGGAUCAAUUCCAACACCAUUUACAUCACCUUUAUUUACUGGAAGCUUCCCGUCAAGUCCCCUAAUUUACAGCCCUGACAUUGGCCCACAACGUGUUGGUAGAAUUGAUUUAGUCCCACCUUUAAAUUUGGAUGGAUUUCAUUCUGCCAAAUCAUCAGCUUCACCCCCCGACUCUCCUCCCAAGCGUAGGCAGCUUUCUGCUCCUGUCCUGUCUUUGCAUGAGAAGAUACAAAAUUCGCCCCAGGUUGGAGUUCUUCAUUUGGCCUUGCAAAAUGACACAAGAGGCUCCAUUUUAAGUUGGCAGAAUGAUGUGUUUGUGGUGGCGGAACCUGGAGAGUUGGCAGAAAAGUUUCUACAGAGUGUUAAAUACAGCUUACUAUCAAUGAUGAAGGGUAGAAGGAGGAAGUAUGCAUCAAGCAUUACCAACAUUUCAACGGUUGCUGGUCUUGUGUCAUGCAGGCCCUACUUCCAAAUUGGCGGUGUUGUCCACAGGUAUAUCGGACGCCAAACACAGGUCAUGGAAGAUGAUCAAGAAAUUGGUGCUUACAUGUUUCGAAGAACAGUUCCUUCCAUGCACUUGGCUCCAGAAGAUGUUCGUUGCAUGGUUGGAUCUUGGAGAGACAGGAUUAUAAUAUUCACAGGAAUAUGUGGGCCCACCCGAGCUUUGACCAAGGCGUUUCUAGAUUCCGGUGCUAAAGCAGUUUUAUGCCCCUCUUCCGAGCCAGAGGAAUUGCAGUUAACAUCCUUCUACGGGGCGGGUGAGUUUAGCAGUUACGAGAAUGGAAAGUUUGAGAUCGGAGAAGAAGAAGAGGAAGGAGAAGAUGAUGAAGAUAGUGCUGAUGAAGAUGAUUGGGAAGAUAGUGAACCAGAAAAAAACGGAGAGCACUCAAUGAGUUUCUGGGACGAUGACGAGAAAAAAUUGGCUCAAUUUGUGGCUAAGAUUUACGAUUCCCUCUUUCAGGGGGAGGGAUUGGAUGUGGCCUUAAAGAAUGCACUUGCUUCGCAUCGGAGCCUCAAAUACGUAUGCCACCUCCCAAGAAUUCUGUAACGAGUUUUUUUUUUUUUUUAAUUUUGUUAUAUAUAUAAAUGGGGAGUGGAGGAUACUGUGCGUGUCCGAGGUAUUUUAUCUUACUCCAUCUUUCUGUAAUACUACUUUAUACUGUAAAGAACAUUCAAAUUAGGAAUAGGAAAGAAGAGCAAAUUUUAAAGAAUGGCGGGAUUAGAGAAAACUCUGUGCACCUAAUUUUAUUUGAACUAAGGACUACUUUUUUGUUAAUUUGAUUCAACGUCCCUUUGUAUA